AUGAGAGUGUCAAUCAUCCAGAAUGUUUUGCUGAUGUUCCUCGGAGGAGUCCCUGUAACACAAUGCAGCCCUCAGCCCAGUCCAAGUGAUAUCCAUGUGGGGUUUGCACUGGAUCUUUACCGUGUCAUCGGAGAAUUACAAAAAGAUGAGAACAUUGUCUUUUCACCACUCAGCGUCACACUGGCCCUAGGAAUGGUGGGGCUGGGUGCAAAGGAGACAACUCUACAUCAAAUCAGAAAAGCAAUAAAAGACGAUGAGAAUCAAGAAGGACCUGAAUUUACUAUACUCAGAAGCAUUUCCAAAGCAAUGACGGCUACGACUGCAAGUAAAGACUACGCACUCAAGCUUGCCAAUGCUCUGUAUGUCCAGCAGGGAUCAAUGUUAAGGGAUCAAUAUCUCCACAGGAGCAAGGAUUAUUUUAAUGCCACAAUCAAAAUGGUAAACUUCCAUGACCGUGCAGUGACUGCAAAACGUUUAAAUUCCUGGGUGAAAAAUCAAACCAAUGGCAAAAUAAAGCAUUUGUUUUCAAGCCAAGAAUUUAACCCCCAUACUAGAAUGGUUCUAGUGAAUGCUAUCUACUUCAAAGGAGCGUGGAAACAGAAGUUUAGCCCAGAGAACACGCUAUUGAUGGAUUUUACUAAGCAGGAUGGUUCCGUAACACAAAUCCCAAUGAUGCACCUAAAGUUAACCACAAAUAUAGGAUAUUUUACAAAUGACAUGACGGAGUUCCGGGUGUUGGAAUUGCUUUACAGUGGAGACAAGGCCAGUUUAAUUGUGAUACUUCCUGCCAAGUGCAAUGACAUUGAAUACGUUGAAAAACUCAUAACAGCUGAGAAAAUACACACAUGGCUCAGCGAGAUGACAGAAGAAGAGGUGGAAAUAAAGCUGCCAAGGUUUAAAAUCGAACAGAAGACCAAUCUGAAAGAGUCUCUCCGACACCUCAAUGUGACUGAGAUAUUUGAAAGUGGGUCUAACCUUUCCAGGAUGUCAGAUUCCAUGGAACUACACAUUUCUAAAGCAGCCCAUCAGGCGUUCAUUGAGGUCAAUGAAGAAGGAAGUGAAGCUGCAGCCUCAACAGGUAUGCAAGCAGCAGUGAUAAUGAGUUUGCAACAUCACAAAUUUGUGGCUGAUCAUCCAUUCCUGUUUAUCAUAAAACAUAACACCCCAGGAUCUAUUUUAUUUAUGGGGCGAGUGAUGAAUCCUGAGAUAAUGAGCUCAAACGGAAGAGACACUGAAGCUUUGUAAAAUAUUGGAAAAAAAAAAGCUCAACAUCUUAGUUAGCUGAAAAAGUC